AUGGGAUUUUUGAGUGGAGUGCUUGGUGCGGUGAAAGAUGAUCCAAGCGUUACAACUUACUAUACUAAGAUGGAUGAAACACUUCAAACAAUUAAAAGCAGUAUGCACACUCCUGGCGGAUUGUCUGCGGCCGUUACGGCUGUGAGCGAUGCGCUGGGGGAGUGGGAUAGGGAGGUGACUGAAAGAACUAGCGCACUUAGAAAUAGACUUAACACCAUACAAAACGAAUAUUUUGAUAAUUUUAAUAGUUCACUUAACUACCUAAAAUAUUGCAAACCUGAACAGGUCACUGCCAUGUUGCAUCGAUGCAUCCGGAACGCUGAAAAGCUUCCUGACGCAGUGAAAAAUGCAGAAGCGGCGUAUUUUGUGUUAGAUCCUGAGCUGCAAAAAAAACUAAGAGACAAUGUACAGCGGGUGGAAUUGGAGGUUGAGAAAUUCGCGGCGGCAGCAAAAAACAAUGAAUUAAAAGCCGUGGUUAACACAGCAAAAGAUGAACUCAAUAAUAUGCAGACCGCUGUAAACAAUAGAGCAGAAGAGCUUGUUAGGGUCAUGCAAAAUAAAAUUAGCUCCGACUUUGAUGUGCAAAUUCGGAUACCGAUUGAGAAUGUGAAUGAGAAGUUGACUGAGACCAAGAAGCAACUUAGCGCAUGGAUCGGUACGGCGACGGAGGUUAUGAAUAAGGCUAUAAAUAAGUGUGAUGAGAUACUGAAGGGAGUUAAUAAGGAUCAUAAGGACAAUAAGAAAGGGCAAAGUGGUCCACUGAUUUUGCAGCGCGCUGAGACAUUAAAGGAGAAAGCCCAUAAACUCCGGAAAGCAGCGAUUGCAGCCCGAAAUACUGUUCAGAAGAAAGUUGAGAAAGCUUUGGCGGAUGUUCUCAUGUUAGAUAGGACGGUUAAGGAUGGCUUGGAACAAGUGAAAGUGCAACUUUUAAGCGGGAUCGACAAGUACGUGAGGGGGUAUGUUGAUGAAGUCCAAAAAUUGAUAAAAAAAAUUAAAGGCGGUGACACUGAUAACAAUGAGGGCCUUAAAGAUGUUGUGAAUGCAGUGAAGGAAUGGGCUACAGAGUUCACUAAGGAUGACGGUGGUGAUGGUGGCAAGACAUUUGGUGAUAAAGUAGCGGAUUGGCUGACCGAAAUUUUGAAACAUGACGAGUUCGUUAGAGGGUUACUUCUAAAGUAUGUCACCAGUCUUCGUGGCGACAAGGACAAGCUGUUGGGAAAAUGGGAUGAUGAGAAAACUGAAUUUAAUGAAGAUGGCAUUUUGCAAAUCGUACAAACUAUCAAGAAGCAGCUUACUGACGAAUUUAUUGAUAUUUCCGCUACAAUGGUUCAACAACAAAUACAACAGGAAGAUGAUGCUUUAACCAAAACCAUCGAUGAUUACGUCAGUGCUGUUCAAGUUGGAUGCGGUAAUUUCUCUACGAAACUUGGACAGAAACUUAAGAACGAUAGCAAUGAUAGCUUUGUAAAGGCUAUAGCAAAUGAAGUUGAAGUAGCGUUAAGGAGUGAUCUACGCUCCACGGACAAUUUACAGCUAAAAUAUGCCAUCAAAUACAUCCUUAUCGAACUCGUCGUUGCUGCCAAGCAAAUCGGAGCGGAACUGUAUUCGUUUGCCACAAAUGAUUCCAUGAUGAGCACCAACAUACACGCUGCUCUUGAAGUGACUAAGACGCUUGAGAAGGCAUUUCACGAUGCACUUCUAACCAAAUCCCUGCAUGAUGGAGACGCUUACGAAGCCACCAAAGCUUAUACCUCUGGAAAGGUAAAGUUAACUGACAAUAUACAAAAAACAAUUAGUGAAGCACUAGAUAAGCAGAUCGGGACUGAACACGGAGGAGGCCUGAAAGAGAAAUUCGAGCUCUCGAAUCACUUUGGAGGCUACAAAAAACAGUUGGACGCAUCCAACGUUUCAACUAGAGGCGGUAAGCUGACCGGAACAGCAGACGCAAAUGAAGGUACUUUUCCGCAGGCAGUAAAGAACAUUGAGACAGAAAGUCUGAAGGAACUUAAUGCCAAUGGCGUCGAAACCAUGCUGAAUGAGAGAGACGCUACCUUCACAUCCGCUUUCGAGGACAUUCAGAACGAACUAGCAGCGUUGACAAAGCUAGUUAAUAAACGAGAUGAAAAUAAAUUCAACUCGACGGACAACAAAGGCGCUCAAACGCUUCUGAAGGAGUUGAAAGAUAUGUUAGGUGAAAACUCGGAAAAUCCUUAUAAUUUGACCAGCGGUCUUACCAAGAUUAGAAAUGACGUAACUUUGAUUCUUGGUACUGGUAUAGAGGAGAAAUAUGAUUAUAAUCUAAAAACAAUUGUCGAAAAGGCAAAGAAAUUUUACGACAAGGUUAUGCAAAAGUGGGCCCACGAAACCAUUACCAAUCUUAAAGCAUACGUCGAAGAGCAAGUUAGGGUGAAAACAACGAAUAUUCAAGGGAAGGCGCAGCAAGAGUAUUAUACAAAAAUCAAAGAAAUGUUUACAGUGAUGGAUUCAAGGGUAACGGCCAACAUUACUACAAUUAAUGAGAAAAUUGACGAAAGUUUGCAAAGCGGCGUAAAAGGCUUAAUAAGUAAAAUGAAAAAUGAAAUAAACCCUAUCAAAGAAGCAAACAACGUCAAGACUCUCACCGGACUGUCUGCCAAGGCGUACUCACUGUUCAAAUGCAUCGCCAUUUACGCUAGGGCCGAUUUACAGAAACUUGACAACAAUUUCAAUCAACUCGAAAACUUCGAAAAACACAUCGAAAACUUCGCAUCAGCACUAAAUCUCCACGCCCACUUCAGCCACCCCGUCUCCCUCCGCCUCUCCACCCUCUCCUCUCUUUCCUCCGCCCUCGACCCCCAAGCGCUGCCGGACGCAGGACGGCCCGUGCUCAGGGCGCUGCGGGAUGGGAUGCUGGGAUUCGUGGGAGAGUUGGGGAAGGGGUAUGUGAGUAGGUAUGAUGGAGGGGAGACUGUUGAUAUGAUUAAUUUAGUCACUUUUAAAGAUGGUAAACUAGAUGGAUUGACAGAUAACGGCAGAAAUUUGUCGAAGGUGUUUUUGACCACAUUGGAGACAUUGAUGGAAAACUUUGCGGAGUUGCGACAAGCGUGUAAAACCGGUGGUAAAAGAUACGAAAAUCGCAUUCGGCUAUAUGAUGAGACAUCGAGAAAGGAGAAAAUUAAAAAUCAUCUGGGCCACUGGUUUAAGGGGCGUGGCUUUAGGGUGUCCGAGUUCGACAAGCAGGAUGGUGAGUUGAAGAAUAAUGACGACUUCAAGGGUUUACAUGUACUCAGAGCUAUGCUUAAGAGUGGUAAUUCACAGUCGUCGGACAAAGGAAUUUACGAAACAGAGAACAAUACAGACGGGGCACUGGAUAAGCUGUUCAAACACCUUGGCGAAUAUUACGAUGUCUGCCAUCUCAAUCACAUCUCAAAACCAAAAACACCGUGCAACAUCUACGAAAUGCUUGUAUGGCUCACCGGUCUCCCACACCGCCAAGUACAAACGUCUAUGAGAGACGUGACUAUCCUCGAUGUAAUAGAUAACAUCAACAAAGUGAACAAAAAAGAGAGCGACAUAUCGAAGAAAUCAGACGCAGAGAUGGAUACAGAUAUUGUUGACGGGCCUACCAUUUCGUUGGUUGAGGCGGAGGAUACAUCGUUGGAUGCAUACCCAAGAAAGGUAUCGUACGAAAACAUGCGAUCAGUGGUGACGCAUAUAUGUUUAACAUCCCAUGACAUUCUCUGCACUAUUGCCGGACAUGGCGACGAAUUCACAAUGUACGCUGUUGACUACUCAAACAACUCCAUGCAGUUCCAGUACCCGGCUUCCGGGCAGGAUUGUCUCGACAUGUUCCUGGACAUUCUUCGCAGAUUGUUACCAACAUUGAGCUUCUUAAAAACACAAUGUGGUCUCAAGACUGAACAUCACGGUUGGUACGACUGCGAAUACGGUAUGAAUACAGCUCCCGCCAAAUGGCCGUGCAAGGAGCACUCAAGUGAGAAAGCAACGGAUCAACCUAACACGCAACCAAAAUGCCAACCAACGUGCCAGGCAAACAGCAAAGUAAAGUGCCAACCAACCUCUCCUUUAAUGUCCUAUUUGAACGAUUGUCUGCCAGGUCACUUACCUCAUCACCUAACCAAAAUCGGUUGCAAAUAUGAGUGCGCUACCUGUCCGUCCACUUCUAAAAAAGGAAUGCCAUGUCUAACUCCACUUGGCUUCCGCGGUUUUUCCGGUAGUACGAAGAAAGGCAGGGACGUAUGCAAAGUGCUAACCAAGUUUUUAGAUAAUGUCGAUAUUUCAUGCUUAUUCACUCUUAUACCAAAGCCGCCCACCACUUUACCUGAGCAUUUCGGAUUUGCGUUGUCCUUUGCGCAGUACAUCAACACUAAUAAGCCCUUAUAUGUUCGGAGUGACACAUUCUCGUAUGCUUUUGAGUCGGCCAUCGCAGCGCAAUCUGUCGACCUUUAUAAGAAUCCAUACGAGCUCACCAAAUCCAUCGCUGAUGCAUACGGUUCCGACGCUGUGAGGCAUUCUCAAUGUGAAAGCUACCAUCUUCGGAACCUUACGAUUAAUGGAAUAUGUAAGCAAGGUGAAGACAGAAUUAACUGCGCAUCCUAUGUUUCAUCUCUGUGUAAUUAUUCUUAUGAAGUAAUUGCCUACAACCACGCCCACCUCUACCUCUCGUGGGCCAUCUACCUCCCCUGGACAUUCUGGGAUCUGCUCAACAAUCUCUACAACGCUUUCUGCUCCAUCAACUGCCAGGACUGGGGCUGCCGUGGAUGUCUCCGCGGUGACAAGUGCAAGAAGGGGGGGCAUGGUGUUGUGGAUGAAGAUAAGCCAAAUAACAAAUGCCAAUGUCUUUCCAUCGUCGACUGCAAAGGUGUCGCACCAACGCUCUACCAGUAUGGUUUCGUCUUUGGUGAAGCGUCGACGUUGAAUGACAAAAAUGCGCCGAAGAAGUGUUCCGAUUUCUGUAGUCAGUUGAAGAAUGUGCUCAAUUCGAAAUAUUUCGAGAAGCUGUUUGAAGAGUGCGACAAUUUCCUGUGGAUCAUCAGACAACCCUUCUCCUACCUUGUCCUCACCCUCUGGCUUCUCUCUCUCCUCUACCUCCUCCACAUCAUGGUCGUCCGCCUCGACCUGCUCCACAUCAAAUCGCAUCUACAUAGUCCCUCGUCACAUCGUAUCGCCGCUCAAUCACUACUCGCUGCUGGACGUGUUAACAAGCUUAACAGGGUGUUUUAUCUGCAACCAUAA